AUGGCUGUGAAAGAUUUUGUACAGCAAACCGAACAACCGAGAUGCUCAUCUCAAUCAACUUCUAGAAUUCCAACACGACAAGCAGAAUUACUAGAAUCUAACGGCCCUGCUCGUGUUGGUCAGGUGUCGGAAGUUCCUCUCAAUGAAAGUGUUCUACCCCCUCGCCCUGCUCGUUUCAUAACACCUGCUCUAUCAGUUGUCGACAACCUCGAUGAUCCGAGAGUAUCCUUUAGUUCUAAUCGAACAGAAGUGUCAACUGCCACAUUCAGCUCAAACGUUACCCUUUUACCAACGAUACAAUCAGUCACAUCAAAGACAAUCCGUACCAACAAAUUAUUCGAUCCCUGCAAGAACGCUACUCAAUCUACCGAUAUUUUGCGAACAAACUUGUCUCCACUUGGUGAAUCCUGUUCUAGCAACCGUAAAGGGGAGACAACCGCAAUCAUCAAACAUAUCUAUCCACCCGACGAUUCCAAGCUGAACAAAGAUGCUGCUACAAUGGAAGAUAGUCAUAUUUCAAUGAAACCGGUUCCAGCUCUGUCAGUUUUUUCACGAAAUGCAUACCCGCUUUGGCUCCCCAAAUUAGACCAUCAUAUCGCCUUACUUUCUGCACCUUACCUGGACGACGGAGUUGAUAGUCGGCUUGACGGGAUGUUUCCGCCAAUGGAUGAUUUGGCCAAAACAGGACGCUCAAUUGACGAUUUAGAGACCAAUUCAACUGUAGCUCCUGCAUGGAGAAACAGAACUUCGAUCAUUGGUGGCUCUACAAACUUCCUCAUUGGCUUUUUGGUACGAACAAUGUUCGUUGGCCAACCGACAGUAGAUGUGAAGACUCGCUCAUCCUCCUUUUUAGUUCCUAUGGGAGGCAUGGACGUCGAAGACAAAUGGCGAAAACUAUUUCUUGGUACCAUCCCCAAUAUCCUCGCUCUGAAUUUCGCACCUGUUGUCAUACAAUCUUUAUUAUUCUUUGUCGCAUUUAUGGCCAUUGGAGCGGUACUGCUAUACUAUUUCCACCUAUCAACUUGUCAAUGUGAUCGGUACACGUCUAUCGAAGGUCUGCAACAAACUGAAACGAAACGUAACCAAUGGGGUAUUCUCAUUGUGACAUUCUUGCUCACGGUACUUUAUCUACCCUUGAGCACGAUGUCGCUUCACGUUUUAGUCUGGUCGGAAGAAUUGUGGGCUAUACCUAACCCAUACCUGAAUUUGACUACCUACCCGCCUAUUGUUGCCCCGCUCGGACCUUCCACCGAGUUUCGCGAUCCCCUGGACUUCUGUUGGACGACGACGAUGAAAAGAAACGAAGUCAAUUUCGCCCCAAUUGCGGUUGUUCUGUCGGCGGUUGUAUUUCUAUUCUUCGGUCUCUGGUUUCCUAUUGCCCUUCGCCGUGUCAUAAGUCGAUCUGUCCCCAAGUUGGAUCAAUUUACAGAGCUUGGUCGCCCUCGUAGCAGCGUGGACCUAGAUGGCGAAUACCAUAGAUUAUUGAAUCGUGACCGCAACCCGUUCGCCUUUCUAUAUAAUGGGUUUCGACGGGGGUGGGGCACUUACAUAUCGACAUAUCUCUUCGCGAAGCUGAGCACCUUAGCAAUAAUUGCGAUUAUCGACCCCGACAAUUGUUUAUUUCGCACCUUAUCUCGUUCGAAAGUAUCUGUCAUCCGCCAAUCGCUCCUUUUAGUUUCAACGCUAUCAUUUUUCAUCGCCCAAUGCGUGUUUGCUCCCUUUUUGGACCCUGUCAACAAUGCUAGCGAAUGGACAUCUAGGCUGAAUUAUCUGUCCACAUCGGCAACUGCUCUAGCGAUCACUUUAAACAUUCCUGGGAAAGAUAUCAUCGACUCUUAUGUGCUGUAUUGCAUAUACGUUAUCACCUAUGGCCUUGGUUUCUACUUCUCACUCAUCAACUUUAACUGGAUGCAAAGGGUAGUGAAACGGUUGACUCGAAGGAUUGAUUUCAGCGUCGACAUAUUUUCUCCUCGGUAUUUUCAUCCUAUUUCUGAAUUUACGGACAAAUAUCUUACGCCCAAUUCAAGGUUAGAUAUAUCUUCUUCUUCCAUACAUACCAAACGGCGGAUAUGGCAGGAAUCUAUCACAACACUUCUACUGACUGAUCCAAAAUGCAAAAUACCAAAAGAGCAAGCUAUGGCUUUUGCUCAGGCGCGUGACUCCGAAUUCCCCCCGUAUCUGCUUGAUUUUAUGGAUACACCAGGUGAAAGACAUGUUGAAAAUCUCAAGAUUUUACGCGAAGUUGGCAGUAUUGCAUAUAACCGGGCAGUUUCUUUAACCACGGGACCCGAUUAUGCUUGGUAUAGACGUCUGGAAGAUGAGAUUCAAAAAAACUAUGUUGGCCCAGACAGUUAUUGGAAAAGGUCCGACAGAUCCUCCAACCCUGAUUGCAAGAGCCAUUUUGGAAACGCGUGGUGGAUACCAUUCCCACCUACUUUGGUCAUUCGAUACGACGACGGUCCCUACACAGUGUUGAAUGAUGCAUGCGAUCUUGAAGCAUACAUAACGCAAAAUUCAAGUAGGGAUAUCCAGAGAAGACGAUUUGUGAGGAUGUCUCUGAGAGCACUAGAAGGGCGAGUCAUCCAAUGGCCAUAUGAAGAUGUGCAACCCGUUGGGUCCUAUUCCACCUGGUGGCGUACCAGGAGCUAUCGUGCGGUGACUUCGACUCGUUAUGAACACGCCAUAUUGCAGAUUAAUCGACGCGGUCAUUUACUUUGGAAAGGGCUUCAGCUUGGCAGUGGCUUUAGUGUUAAGCUCAAGUACUCCAAAACAGUGACGGUCUCCAGUGAUAUCUUAGGCCUUACAGAAGAUUUUGACCUUACGCCCACACUUGCCCGUUUCCUCCAAAUUAACCGAGAACUUAUAGACGAGGGUCUUUUCGAAAUCGAGGAAACAUUAUCACAUUACAGGCUAUAUCACAGACAAGAAUGUCAACGCAAGAGGCGAAUCAUGACCUAUCGAUUUCUUACUUUCGUCUAUGACCAUCCUCGAGAUCCUGAUGGACUGAUAGCAAGCUUAUGUGAGAUUGAAGGAGAUCGUCGAAUCCAGGACUUAAUGGUGAAAAGCGAGCCAGCUUUUAGGGCAGCAUAUACUCGACUUGAAGCAGUUCGGUCAUCGGAGCUUUCUACUUGGUGGUAUAUUUUCUGGGAUGAUCUUUGGCGCAGAAAUCACGACACCAUAUCCAGCCUAGAAAAGUACGCUUCUGAUUUCAAUCCGUACUACAAAACAUCUAUUGCAUACACUCCUUUGCCUCGUGCUGCACUGGAGAAUUUCCUUACGCAAAGAGGAAUGCUCCACAAAAGGCCCCGUUGGGGCGAUUAUUUCCAUGCCGGAUUUUUGAAUAAACUUUAUCUACGCUUGAACGACACUGUUUUCAGAGACUCGGACCAAGCUAUAAUGUUCCAUAUUGGAAAUGACAAACGGGAGCUGGAUAUGGAGGAUGUUGAUAUUAUUACCCAGGGACCUUCAUCUACUCUGGGUACAGGUGGUGGAACGGACCAUAACGACUCGUGGAUACGCACUCGUCCCACAUAUAGAUGGGAAGGCCUGCUGAGUGAUCCUCCAUAUGAGGCGCACCCCUUCAGCUAUAAAUGGAUGGCCAAGUUGGGCGCUUGGAUGGGCAUCACGCCGUUGUGGAGGUCCGGGCCACGAUCUAGAGGGCUUUAUCUAGAUUUGAAACUGGAGAAUGGACGAUAUGUACUUCUAGACGACCACCAAGGCCGCUCUGCUUUCACGAAUUAA